UCGAUUUGGAAUGAGCGCUUUGAUGGUUGAGUGAAAGGAAAGCAAUCUUUUGUGAUAAAACUGAGUGUGUCUUGUCAGCAUUGUCUAGCUGGCUAACUGAUUGCUUCUAUUCGAAACUUUGCACAGUCGAAGAAGCGUAUUUUAUUAAGGAAAUAAGGCCUGUAAUAUGGUGUCACUGGAACUGAGUGUGCUAACUUUAAAUGUUUGGGGCAUUCCAUUUGUUUCAUCCGAUCGAGCCGAACGCAUGCAACAGAUUGGCCAAGAGUUGAGUUCGGGUAAAUAUGAUAUUGUAUCAUUACAAGAGGUAUGGACUGAAAAAGAUAGUUUACUGCUGCAGGAGUUAACCAAGGCUAUACUGCCAUAUGCACAUUACUUUUAUAGUGGUGUCAUAGGUGCUGGUCUUUUGGUCUUAUCCAAAUAUCCCAUAGUUACCACACUUUUCCACAGCUGGACUGUAAAUGGCUAUUGUCAUCGUAUUCAACAUGCCGAUUGGUUUGGUGGCAAGGGUGUUGGCUUGUGUAGGAUACGUGUGGCCGAUCGCUAUGUCCAUCUUUAUAAUGCCCAUUUACAUGCUGAAUAUGAUCUGGAUAAUGAUGAUUACAAAACGCAUCGUGUUAUACAAGCAUUCGAUACUGCUCAAUUCAUAGAGGCCACACGUUGGGAUGCAGAUGUACAAAUUUUAGCUGGUGAUUUAAAUGCAAAACCCAUGGAUAUCUCUUACAAAGUUUUAAUACAUACCGCCGAAUUAAAGGACACCUGCAAUAAGGAAUCAACGUCAACGAAUGAAAGCAAACACAAUUCGUAUACCUCUAAAAAGGCAAGAAAACAAAAUCCGAAUGGCCAACGCAUCGAUCAUAUACUUGUUCGCAGCUCUGAUACAAUUAAAACCACAAUAUUGGAAUAUAAAUUGCCACUGCCCGAUCGUGUACCGGGUAAAAAAUUCAGUUAUUCUGAUCACGAAGCGGUUCAAGUACGUUUGCUGAUGCAAACCAAGCAAGAUGGUGAUACAUGUUCGAUACGUCAUAUCGAUGCGGCCUACCUUAGUGCCGGUGAAGGUAGUAUGUAUGAUGUUAAAUUAACACCACCACAAACGCCAACCUUAAAUGGUGUGAGCAAUGCCCGCGCCUUUGAUGAAGGCGAAUGUCCCAGCGAAGAAAAUGCUGUACCGAAGAGUUUGCCAAUGAAAUAUGCCCUAAUUAAAGAAUCGAUUGCUUUGUGCGAGGGACAUCUGAAAAAAUUAAAAACAGAUCGUAUUAUAUAUUUCUGUGUAGCCUUAUUCCUGUUGGCCGCCUUAAUUGUCAUGGCAGAAUUUCCAGUUCCCCAUGGAUAUAUGACCCUAUAUCUAUUGCUCAAACUUUUGGUAUUUGCAGUUAUAUUAUUUUGUGCAUUCAUGGGCUCUUUAUGGAAUCUUAUGGAACGUAAUGGCACUCUGUCGGGAAAGACAUCCAUGGAAAUGAAAUUGAUCGAUGCCCAAUAGCAGUGAGUAAAAAAAGAUUGACUUAUAAUAGCCGUUGGCAUACUUAAGGGUUCGACAAUCAGUGCUGUGCCAUCACCAUCUGUGAUGCCAUCCUCAUUAUCUUCAACUUCCUUAAGACCGCAAGAAUCAUGGCCAUAACUUUUUGCCAGACGAAAGCUAAAACAUCAUUACUCCUUCUCACUGAAAGCCACUAUCACAGCCAUUGCCAAUGAUGAUACUAGAAGUUACCUCUUAUCUAACACCAAACAACAACAAGCUCAAACAGCAUUUACAUAUGAACAUCUUUUCUUUCCUAUUGUGAUACCUUCCAUAUUGGAUACGAGUAUGACAAUGCAAACUGGUGCGUUAUUUUUACAAUGCAUUUCCUUACAGAACUAUUGAUUCACCAAACCAUACCACUAUUCUUUUUCCAUUUAAUUUGAAAUUAUUUUAAACUUUAUUUUCUCAUCUUUUGCUAUUGGUACAUACACACUGUUGAUAUGUAUUUACAAUAGAUAUAUUUAUAUAGUUUAUUAAGAUAGACCAGUACAUAAGAGUAAAUUACAUAAGCCAGUUACUUGUAUUAUAUUAACCCAUAAAUGACUUUAAGUGA